CUCACACUGACAGUUAAGUUUCACUUUCUUUUCCUCAGAAAGGGAAUCGCCUCUGCCUUAUCGCCCCGUCUGUCCUUUAACAGUGCUUGUGGUUUGCAGCGGCUAUGCAGAAAGAAACCGGAAAAAGAGUCAGCCUGGGUGGCUUUGCAUUCGGUCUCGCUGCUCCAGUCCCAGAUUUCUCAAUUUCAUCUGCUUCAGCCAAACCUUCUAUAGCCAAGGUAGCAGGCAUCAAAGAAUCUUCCAACAAUGUGACAGAUGUCAGUUCAACAGAGAAACUCGAGAGCAAACAUUUGUUUACAUUUCCAGCACCUGAACCAAAGUUGGAAUUUCAAUGGAGAAACAUGGAGUGGACAGAAGAACGAAAGAAAAGCCUGAUGAAGACCGUCAGCUCCUACAGACCGGGCAGUGGUGAGGUGACUCAGGCUCAGGUUCUCCUCCUGGGUCCGGUCGGUUCUGGAAAGUCCAGCUUCACCAGUUCAGUCCAGUCGGUGUUUAAUGGAAGAGUCACCAACCGAGCCAUGGUGGGCUCCUCCUCCACCAGCUUCACCAAGAAGCUGCAGUCCUUCAACAUCCAUGGUCAGAAGGGAGAGGAUCCUACUGGUCUGGUGUUGUGCGAUAUAUUGGGCCUGGGAGGUGGAGAGAUGACCGGACUGACCCUCCAUGACAUCCUGUCCGUCAUUAAAGGCCAUGUACCCGAGGGACAUAAGUUUGGCCCAGAUCAGCCAGUGAGGUCUGAGACAGUAGGCUAUGUGAAGAGGCCAAGCCUCAAAGACAAGAUCCAUUGUGUGGCCUUUGUGGUGGACGCCUCUAAAAUCCUGACCUACCCUAAAGGCCUCAGCAACACCUUCCAGCAGCUCCGUGAGCACAUCAGUGACCUGGGUGUUCACCAGGUGGCUCUGCUGACCCACAUAGACAAAAUUUGUUCAGAAACGGACAAAGAUGUCACCCAGGUUUACAAGAGUUCCAUCGUUCGGAAAAUGAUAGAUCAGGCUGGAGCUCUGUUGGGUAUGUCCACCUCCUACAUCGUCCCGGUGAAGAACUAUUCAUCAGAGCUUGACCUGGAUGUGAACACUGAUGUGCUUCUGCUUAGUGCUGUCGACCACAUCCUGCAGUAUGCUGACCUGUAUUUCCAGGACAAAACAACCCAACACACAGGGCCAAAGAUUGACUAAAACAUUCCUUUCUUUCUAAAAUAUUGAAAAUUUAACAAUCACUAUAAAUAUUCGAUUGUGGUUUAAUUUGUGGUUUUUAACAGUUAAAAAUAAUGUAUUUUACAAAAUUAUAAUUGAAAAAAAUGUAUAAUUCAGAAUAAAAUUUGAACUUUGUGAUA